AUGGCACACUCCUCGAUGAUCUGCGUGCUCGUCGUGCUCGUCCUGGCUGCCGACGCCAAGAAGGAGUGCUCGACGGAAUGUCCGCUCGAGGAGCGUUCCGCCGACUUGGGACUCGUGCUCCCGCCGGAGCUCUAUGAGUCAACUCGUCUCGUCAAUCUUCUCGCCAGACCAUCCCAGCAGUUCAAGAGUGAGUUCUCGCAAUAAUUUAAUUAGUUUUUUGAAAUGAGAGGAAGUCUGGCUAAAGUACGACGCAGUGCGAGCCCUCGGUGAUCAGGCUGAAUAGAAUAAAACGGGAACGUAUCUGAUUAUGGCAAACAUUCUGCACCCAAAGUGUCCUCAUUCUGAUUACCUUCUCGGAAACACCUACGUCGAGCCUAUUCAAUCAGUUCCAAUUAACCCCCGUUGUCUCUGCUCCUCUCACUUUUUCGCUUUAUUUUUUUCCUAAUCCAAUCACUCUGAAUAGGUUACAUUCAAAGUGUUUACCCGAUCAUUCGGACCUCCCAACGCGUGUUUAUUUCAGUGAAGCGAGACUACGACUUUGUUCGGUUCGGACGGUCCGCGCCCAGCAAGAAGGCCUCCUACGACUACAUUCGCUUCGGUCGCAAAUAA